CUCACUUCCCGGGGAAUGGCCGGGAAAGCGGCAGCUUUGGGCCGUCACAGCCAGGCUUCCAACUAGCACAACACCAGAACUUUGGGGCUUGAGGGGCGAAGGAAACCCGUCGCCCCCUUUGCGGAAGCCACGGGCUCACGCCAUGUCGGGCAAGGAGCUUGCUGUGGCCGGGAAUAAUGCACGCGAGAAAGAGUUCAAGGCAGAUCAGCAGAAGCCUCUUGACACACCGCGAACCAGAGAGGCCUGCCGUAGGCUUGGCCUAGUGCCAGAGGAUUUGCAGAUUCGAUCCUUCGAAUCCUUCUACAUCCCUGGCGACCUAAAGGAGAAGCACCAGCUGCGCUUCGAGCACUAUGAGAAGAAGCGGAAGGAGCGCUUCUCCCAGGUGCUUGCCGAAAGGGCCAAGGUUAUUGCAGAGAAUGCCAAGAAAGGGGACUUGCCGGGAGGGCAAAGCGCCCAGUUUCUGUCGAUGCUGGAGUCGCUCUUUGAGAAAGAGGCGAAACGCAUGGAGAUCGACAUGAAGGGCCAGCUGCGCCAGCACAGCUCCCUAGUGAAGGAGAACGAGGAACAGCUGCAGAAGGAGGGGCGCCAGCAGGAGAAGAUGUUGAAGGUGGAUGAAGCCAGGGACAAGGUCACGAAGCAGUUGGAGGAGAAGGCGAAAGUCUCGAGGGAAGUCCUGGACAAGCGCUUGGUGCAGAACAAGGAGGCGGUCACGAAGCUGGAGAAGGAUCACCAGGAGAAGCAGGCCAACUAUGCAAAAGAGAUGCUGGCUGAAGAGGAACGACUGCAGUCGUUCUUGGAGGAGCGGAAGCUGCUGAACCUGGAGAAGACCUCCCAGUUCCGCGAUCGGGUGAAGGACAUGAAGGAGAAGACGGAGUUGCUUCAGGAGGAGCGGCGCAUCGACGGGGAGAGGCAGCUGCAAAGGAUUGAGGAGCGCAUCCAGAAGGUCUCCAAGCGCCGCGAAGACGAGCAGAAGCAGAGGCAGCUCAGAAGCGAGGAGCAGCACCUGCACCUCAUGGACGUCCGCGAAGCCAAGAAUCGCAUCGACCGAGUGGAUGGAUACAGGCGUCAAGAGUUGCGCGAGCAGAUUGAUGGCAAUAUCGAGCGCAUCGAGACCUUGCUCGCGCUCAAGGAUCAGCUGCUGGACCAGCGUAAGGGCCGCAACACCAAAGUGGAGAGCACCAGAGGCUCCCGAGGCCUCGCCCUCCGGGAUCUGCAGCCUGGCCCUGGGACCUACGAGGCGCCGCCCACCUGCCUCCACGAGCUGCCGGCGGCGCGCAUCGGCAAAUCAAAGGUUCCAGGGCUGGUGGAUGUGGCCAUUCAGGGCACAAAGCACAACCCUGCACCCGGCAGCUACGAUACACCGCUGCUGCCCAACGGCGACAAGCUGAACCAGCCAAGUGGAGGCGAGUUCAACAAGCGCGACCGCGACUCAUUCCUAGAUGAAGUGACCAGGGUCAAGAACGACAUCCCAGCACCUGGACGCUAUCCACAGAAGACCGUCUUGGAGAAGUGUGCUGUGAGGAUGUCGCGCGAGCGCAUCGUGGAAGAGCACCUGGACAAGUACUCGGCAAAGAGGUACCCUGUCUGGGCUCGGCCGCCUGCCGACACGCCAGGGCCUGCCAGCUACAGCGUCGACGAUUACACGCGCAAGGAGGUCCUGCGGCGGGCACAGCGCUCGCUGCCCAACCUCACGCGGGACAUGCUCAGGCCUGGGAAGCCAGCUGCUUGACACAGGCAACCGCUGGGCCGGUGGAAUCGCAUUCGGCCGCUUGUGUGCAUGAAGUGCAGACAAUCGGCGGUCUCACCAGUGUGCCCUUUCAUCAAACAGUUGACGCUGUUACGCAAGUGGUACUUGUCGG